UCAUUCACAAACAGGCUUAGAUCCAGCUCACAUCUCUCACUUUUCACCAGCAGCAGCAGCCUCCAGCCAGCCAAACAUCACCAAGAAAUUGCUUCUUUUUGGCUAUGCACUCGGUUUGUUUAAUUUCUUUUUGGCUUGAAGUGUCGUCUCCAGCUGACUGAGCUGUGUCAAGAAAACAUUAACUCUACUCUCUGGAACGUCAGUCAGUUAAAAAGAAUUAUCAGCCAUCUAGCCCUGUGAGCUGGAUACCUGGAAUGAAUAACUUGUACGGUCUGGAAUUUUGGUCCACGGGACGCAAGGAAAGUAUGAUUCUCUACACAUGUCCUCGUCGUUACCAAAAUAGGCCAUGUGACGAUUUAAAGAAUCAGAAAUCAAUCUGAUCUGAACUGAUCAGUAUGCCGCUUCUGCACACUUCCUACUACUAACGUUCCUGCAGUUGAUAAUAUAAUACUAAGUAUCUAGUCACUUUUAUUUCGUCGUCGUCGUCGUCACCACCAUUCAAGCGAAGAAGACAAUUACAAAUAAUUACGACCAGUCAUUUUUUUUUAAUCCCAGACAAUCGGUCAGUUGGCUUUGCAGUUAUGAGAGGAGUAUUAUUGCGUCGAAAGUGCAGCAGCAGCGGUGUGUCAGUGAAGGUGGCAGCGUCUUGGCGUGGAUAGAAGAAAGCAAUUAUAAGAUUGUGACCCUAGACGAAUAAAAGUGUGUGGUUCGAUGAGUGACCCUCCACCUGUGUCAAGUUCUUGCUCCUCUCAUUGUUACCAAAAUUGUUGUUCUUGGUGGGAGGGUGAAGGGUGUGGGUCUGCAGAGAACAAGAGACCACCACACCCUCCAGAAGGCGACUGCUCGUCGUGAACCCAUUUCGUCACUCCGCAGCCACACCCCCUCUCCGUCCCUUCUUCCCCAUCGAAAAUGAAUGAGGAUGAAGCUACCAAGGUCGAGAGUUUGGUCCGGGUGGGCUACUACGAGAUGGAGAAGACGAUUGGCAAAGGAAAUUUCGCCGUUGUUAAAUUAGCCACGCACAUCAUCACCAAGUCCAAGGUGGCCAUCAAGAUCGUGGACAAGACCAAGUUGACUCCAGAGAACUUGAAGAAGGUGUUUCGAGAGAUUCAUGUUAUGCGAAGACUUCACCAUCCUCACAUUAUUCGACUCUACCAGGUGAUGGAGACGGAGAAAGUUAUCUACCUCGUGACUGAGUAUGCGAGUCGGGGAGAAAUCUUUGAUUUCCUCGUGAUGAAUGGGCGGAUGAGUGAGGAUGAGGCACGGCGGCUCUUCACCCAAAUCCUUCAUGCUGUGCACUACUGCCACACCGAAGGCGUUGUUCAUCGUGAUCUCAAAGCGGAAAAUUUACUCCUCGAUAGAAACAACAAUAUCAAAUUAGCAGAUUUCGGAUUUUGUAACGAGUACAAGGAGGGGGAUUUGCUUUCAACAUGGUGUGGUUCCCCUCCAUAUGCUGCUCCGGAGCUCUUUGAGGGCAAGAGCUAUAACGGCCCGAGGGCGGAUAUAUGGAGUCUGGGCGUAGUUCUUUAUGUGUUAGUUUGUGGUGCUUUACCUUUCGACGGCUCAACGCUUCAGAGCCUUCGAAAUCGAGUGACUUCUGGGAAAUUCCGCAUUCCAUUUUUCAUGUCUACCGCCUGCGAAAGUUUGAUACGACAUAUGCUCGUGGUCGAUAGCUCCAAAAGACUGAACAUUCCUCAGAUUUUCGCUCACAAGUGGAUAGCAGGUCACGUUUUGAAUGGAGCGACACCCAUCCGGUACGAGGAUAAGCCUUCUUUGUGCUUGGACGAGUCAAUAAUAGACCAGAUGGCGUGUCUCCCCGGCCUGACCAAGGACGCAAUCCUUCAGUCCAUCCAGGAGGAGCGGUUUGACCACAUCUGUGCAAUAUACAACCUCCUCCUGCACGAGAAACUGACAGAGCAGGAAUCCCCCAGCCCGACCUAUUUCACCCUUCACCACCCCGUCCAAAGGAAAGCUUCAAUCACGACGGGCGUCGUGGAGAGAGUCGACCCACAAAUGCCAGAAAUCCACCUCUUCCUCAACGACUCGCAGAUUUACGAGAAGUUUGACGAGAUGCGUGUAGAAGGAAGAGCACAAGACAUUUUACCAAGACAAGAAACUCAAUCUCACCAAGGACGACGUCAUACUGUCGAUCUACCUCAAGGCCUUCCUGUUAACGUCACUCGAAUGAAUGAUGAUCAGAUUCCGCUAGUUGAAAGCGUUAAGGAUCAACACUUGUUGAAACCACCACCGAGCAUGGAGAACAGUGAGUCAAUCUCAUCUGGGUUUGGUCGUCGGGCCUCAGAUGGUGGUGCUAAUCUUCAGCAGAAGGACAAACAACCACCCCCAGUUUGUGAUGGUGGCUGGAGUCAUCCCUCCUCUCGCGAGCAAUUAUCGACGGGUGUGCUUCGUCGUGACGCAACUUACGCAACCACGCCAGAAGAAGAAUUCCGUGGCAGGAGUCGCCGUACAGGCCUGAUCACAGUGGUCGAAAGGCCCCCAGUGGUUGACCCGGAGUCACACCGUUUAUACAUGGGCCCUCCCUCCUAUCCUAUGAGUGGAGGCUACACGGGGUCGAGCCAGGCUGGAGCUGGAGGAAUGAUUCCUUACCCCUCGCACUCUAGACGCCUCUUCCACCACACCCUCUCCAGAAUACAACCAAACCCGCGACGAUACAGACUAUUUCCCCAAGGUCGUGAGUCGUACAAGGAGCUGUGCCACAUGAACUGUGAAAGGUAUUCCCCUGUACGGCGAGGUAGCGAGGGAACAUGUCCAUCCUCUCCUAGACUAGCAAAGAUGCAGGCGGGCAUGCGAGACGACCGACGCCACUCUGCGACCUCCUCGUCGCCCUCAUCCCCUGUCAGAUUAUUCCAACCUCUAGAUUCGCCUUUGAUCCCGCAUUCCGUAUCCCCCCUUCCACCCGAUAUUUCUCAAGGGUUGCAAGGGCUUCACCUCUACGGUCCUGGGCCACCCAGCCCCUUCGCACAACAACAGCAGCUCGCAAUGAUUCAGGAGCACGCUGUUCUUAAACAGAUAGACCCCACGACUGGAUUCCCCUACCCCGAGAUAUCGGUGACGGAUGAGACUGGAUGUUUGCCUGUGUAUCUCCUCCAAGAUCAGGACGCUAGCAGACGACCUUCCAUAACUUUGGGGAUUGGGAUCGGGAGACCCCCACCACAUCCACAAGCAAAUAAUAACGAACCCGAAAUCCCACUCUCCACGGCGUGAUCCACAGUAGCAUUUUAACUUUAGAUUUACGAAACUACAUACAUAUAUACGUGCGUAUAAAGUUAUUGCUCUCGUACAAUUACUUCUUCUCCUUCUGCUCAGUUUAUUCCAUCAUCAUUAAACAACAUCACACGUCUUCUCCUUCUUCCUCCUCUUCUUUACAACGCAGUUACCGCAGUCGUAUAUGUAGCAGCAGGAUCAGCGUGACCACGAACGAACAAUAAGAGCGAGAGAGAAAGCGAGAACCUUUCCAUAAUUUCUUAAUAUAAUUGUUCCAAGUGUUCAAUAAAAAACCACACUUGCUGUUAUCAUUAUGAUUAAACAAUUAUCAGCCUUGUCGCCGUCAAUCCUUGUUGUUAAAGAAGACAAACCGAACUGUUAUUUAUUAUUAUUAUUGAAUGUGUGACCUUCUCAACAACGGGAAGGAGGAACGCUUUUACGUACAACAUGAUUAAAUUACAAGUUGAACACAUA